CGAUCUGCAAGUGCCUAUCUACUAUUUCCGUACAUCUACACAGUGAACUUCGUGAAAGGUAAUAUAGUGUAAUGGCAUAUCCGGGAUAUGGUGCACCUGGGGAUGGACAGAUAGAUGCACAUGAGCUGCAACGAUGUCUAACAGCAUCUGGUAUUUCAGGGACUUAUCAACCAUUCAGUCUUGAAACUUGCAGAAUUAUGAUCAACAUGCUUGAUCGUGAUUAUAGUGGUAAGAUGGGUUUCCAAGAAUUCAAAGAACUCUGGGGAGCUUUGAACCAAUGGAAGACAACCUUUAUGCAGUAUGAURGAGAUAGAUCAGGAACAGUUGAACCACAUGAGCUUCACCAAGCAUUGGCUUCGUUUGGAUAUCGACUAAGUCCUCAAGCCCUCAAUGUCAUGGUAAAGCGUUAUUCACUUAACAACCGCAUUAGUUUUGAUGAUUUUGUAGCUUGUUGUGUGCGACUGCGAGCCCUGACAGAUCAAUUYCGCCGCCGUGACGUCAGUGGAACAGGGACUGCUAACUUCCAAUACGAUGACUUCAUUCAAGUUUCUAUGUACUGUUGAAAAUGGAAUGGUGUYAUAUUUUGUAUAUGUCAAUCUGUUACCGUAGCUGCACCAAUUUAAUACCAUAGUAAUCCACCAUUUAUUAGCACCAAAACGCAUUAGAUGUUGGCAAACAGGACAGACCGUUGUGACUCAUGGGUAAUGUAUYAAAAUUGAUUUCUCAUUACCAAAAAAAAAAGUUUUUUAUCCUUUUUUCCAUGCGACUUGCGAUUGCGAUUGUUAGAGUAAUACCAGACUCGUAACCCACUAACGGCUGCGUACGAGUCUGGAGUAAAACCGUGGUUUCUCACAUCUUGAAACAGUUUUACCUUAGUUUAASUAUGGUUUUACUUAUUAACAACUCUGUUGUCUGUCAUGAUUGCCAUGUCAUACCAUACCAUAACAUAUACCAAGAAUAGACUGUCAAAUUGUAAGCAUUUUAAUAAAGUCAAUUGUCGAACCAA